CCACUCCCCAGCGCGUCCCUCUCUCUUCUCCACCACCUCGCUCGCGCACCUUGCCGCGCCGCCGUCUCGCCGGAGUCCCGCAUUAUCGCGCGCGGUGAGAAAGUAUGUCGGAACAAGCUCACAGCGCGGCAAUAGCGAUAGAAGAAGACAUACUGCUUGGAGAUUCAUCACUGCUGGAGGAAGCUGAGAGAGGGGCAAUGCCGUCAGGAGAAGGCGUGCUGCUUGGAGAUUCGUCACAGUCUCAGCUGCAAGAGAUCAGUGUUAACCAUGAGAGUAUGUUGGAAGAAGCUGACAUCGUGGCAAUAUCUAUUGGAGAAGAGGUUCUGCAUGGAGAUUCAUCGCUGCCGAAAGAAGCUGACAGCAGAGCAAUAUAUAUUGGAGAAGAGGUGCUGCAUGGAGAUUCAUCGCUGCUGAAAGAAGCUGACAGCAGAGCAAUACCGUCAGGAGAAGGCAUACUGCUUGGAGAUUCGUUGCAGUCUCAGCAGCAAGAGAUCAAUGCUAACCGUGAGAAUACGGCGGAAGAAGCUGACACCGUGGCAACACCGUUAGGACUUAGGAGAAGGCUUGGAGGUUCAUCCCUGCUAGAAGAAGCUGACAGAGUGGCAAUAUCGAUAGGAGAAAAAGUGCUGCUUGGAGACUCAUCGCUGCCGGAAGAAGCUAACAGGAUGGCAAUACCGUCAGGGGAAGGCUUACAGCUUGUACAUUCUCCGCAGCCUCAGUAGCAAGAGAUCACUAUUGACCAUAGUCCACACAUGUCGAUUGAUGAGUUGCUCAAGGUGAUAAAAGGAGCCAAUGGCAUGCCGGUGCUGUUUGUCCCCUCCAGCAAUGGCCGACUGGCAGCGGUAGCCGUGGAUGGCCUUCAGAGUCUGGUACCUGCCAAUCGCAGCAACGAAGAGUCUGCUGAAAAGAAGCACGAAGCUUUCUGUUCCUGGUUGAUGCUCCUGAUGUCACUGGUCGCCACCGUCACCUUCACCGCAGGGCUCACCCCACCCGGUGGUUUCUGGGCCGCCGACGACAAAUCCAACGGGUACGUCGCUGGUAUGUCAGUUAUGCGCAGCAAAUCUUACAGGAGGUACUUGAACUUUUACUACAGCAACACGACCGCUUUCUUCACAUCCUUGAUGAUCAUUGGAAUGCUCGCCAGAAACAUAAAUAACCUACAGCCCACUUACUUGAAGAGUAAUAUUUUCAAAGGCGUGGUAGUUACUCGUUUUAUGAGCUUGGGGUGUAGCUAUAUCUCCGGAACGUGGGACGGAUCACCUUUUCGACUGAUUUACCCCAUUACUGUGUUUCUACUCAACAUUGUUUACAUGGUCCUGCCUUGGCUUCAGAAUUGGAUCCAAAGCCGCAGUGGAUCCAAUG